GUUCUUCCGGCAAGCUGUGCAUCUGUUGUGGAUGAGUGUUUGUUAACUAGUUAACUAUGUCCAGUUGUCGUUGAAGAUACUGCGUCGGCGAUGGAAAGUUGGGAAUAUUUUGUAGCAACUAUAGCUAGCUAGCUGAAGCAUUGAAGCAAUGUAGUGAACGUUACCUAAGGCCUUGGGGUGCAACGUAGAAGGCUCUUAGCUAACGUUAGUUGUCUAUUUCUAAAUGUCAUGGUCGAGUCGCAAUCAAAAGUGUGAUGCCGUCGAUUUCAUAUCGACCGUUAGCUAGCUGUUUUAUGUCCGAUUCAGUACCCUUCGGAUAUCUGUCAUCGAUUCAUAGAAUAAGAUGAAACAAAUAUAGGUAGCUAGUUGCAGCAAGCAGAAGUCCUGGGGGUCCACAGGUACUAUUAGGACUCCACUCCAUGUACCUUCAGUCACACGGGAGUUGUGGAACCUGCUAUCUUAGUUCAAGGGUGUGCACUACCUGUUGUGAGCAGGCUGUCCCAGAGUGCUGGCCUGAAUGAGUGCAAGGGGUAGGGAUGGAGAAUGGAGUGCAAGAACACCAGGGCGCAAUAUCACAUGGUGAUGUACUUUCACACCCCUCUGCCGGCCAAACUGAGGGCCUAAAGCAAGAUGCUGGUCAUGCUGUGCUCAAUUCCCUAUUGUCGGGGGCCUUGGCUGGAGCUGUGGCCAAAACAUCUGUGGCUCCACUGGACAGAACCAAGAUCAUCUUUCAAGUGUCUUCAAGCAGAUUUUCAGCCAAGGAAGCAUACAGGCUCAUCUACCGCACCUACCUGCAGGAGGGUUUCCUCGGCCUGUGGAGGGGGAACUCUGCCACCAUGGUGCGCGUCGUUCCCUACGCAGCUAUCCAGUUCUGUGCGCACGAGCAGUACAAGAAGCUGCUGGGAGGCUACUACAGCUUCCAGGGGAAAGCGCUGCCUCCAUUCCCUCGCUUCCUGGCGGGAUCGCUGGCCGGGACGACAGCUGCCAUGCUGACAUACCCGCUGGACAUGGUCCGUGCCAGAAUGGCGGUCACCCCCAAAGAAAUGUACAGCAACAUCCUGCACGUGUUCGCACGGAUCUCGCAGGAGGAGGGCAUGAAGACCCUGUAUCGAGGCUUCACCCCCACCAUCCUGGGAGUGGUCCCGUACGCAGGACUCAGCUUCUUCACAUACGAGACGCUAAAGAAGCUGCACGCAGAGAAAAGUGGACGGGUGCAGCCGCACUCCUACGAGAGGCUGGCGUUCGGGGCGUGUGCGGGGCUGAUCGGCCAGUCAGCGUCAUACCCACUGGACGUGGUGCGCCGGCGCAUGCAGACCGCGGGGGUGACGGGCCACACGUACAGCAGCAUCAUGGGUACCAUGAGGGAGAUUUUGGCAAAGGAGGGGCUGGUGCGUGGGCUCUACAAAGGCCUCAGUAUGAACUGGAUCAAGGGCCCCAUCACUGUGGGUGUCAGCUUCACUACUUUUGACCUCACUCAGAUCCUCUUACGCAGAUUGCAACAGCAAGGGUACUUUCCCCAAUGACCAGCAGAUUGUGACGUUGUCACAAUAUAGCGCAGUGGCACAAUACAAAGGGAUUUCUGCAUUUGCAAGUCUGCGUGAAUGCCAUUAUGCACAAGGGCAGAAAGUAGCGUGAGCAGAGGAGCUAGUGCCCCAGGUAGCAAUGAACAUGUAUUGCAUGAGUUUUUAUGUGCUUGCUCACAUGGGAACACACACAUAAGCACCCAGAACCUGGGCAUUAGUUCUGUCAGAUUGAAGAAAUCGGGAUUACAGCACAAAAUCAGACAUCAUGGACAGCAAGUGUCCGGAGUGUGUUGCCUGGAUGUGCUUACAUACCGCAUGAUGUGUUUGGCCUGCAGUACAAGUACAGUUGGAUACAGCAGCUCCAUAGGUGUGCUGCUGGCAGCAGGCACGUUAACGAAGCAUUCCCUAAACUGCAGGUGAGAGAUUCGUGAAGGGUCCCCCAUAAUCAUUCAUAAACACAGUUAUUAUCCAAGUGUACCUGUUUCAAAGAUUUCAGAUUUCCUCUACAAACUGUUCUCUGAAAUAUAAACACAAACUGAAGAACAUAAAUAUAUAUGCUCCAAAACAUUAACCAUUAGCUUUCAAAAACAGAACCCUAUGAAAAGUGUUGCAUCUUUUUUAUCAAAAUGCUGUAUGAAAACGUGCUGUUCUGUGCUUGUGCAUCCCUGCAUUAUGAGAUGUGUCAGACACACUGUCACAAAUGGUCCACAUUGCUUACUAAAGUGUAUCGUAUGUAGUGUAGUAUGUUGAUUUUACAUCAAUAUUAUCAGAUGAGAGGCCUGAUUGAAACUGGUUAUUGGUUUAUUUUUGUAUAAUGUAGUACCAUAUCAGGUAGCAUGAUAGAGUGCAGAUAACAUGGAAUGAAUACAAUUGAUUUGUAAAUGUCAUUUAUUCUUUCCUUGCUAAGUAAAAGGGUAACUUUUUACUUUUUCUAAGUCAAAUGUUUUUUGGCAGUUUAGCAGUGGUUUUGGAGGUACAACGUGUUGAUGGAUGCUCCUCACAGAGCCUCACAGACCUGAAUGAAGGAGAUGUGGCACUAAACUGUGGUAGGAUGUAGCCACUCUUUGCUUCUAAAGUGCCUGAUGGAAAUGUAUUUGUAAAUGAGUCUGAAAACUCAUAUGAAUGUUUGAAUAUGUCUUUGGUCAACACCCAUUUCCCAUUUACGUGCUAUGUGAUUCCAUAUU